AUGGCGGGCAUACCCAACAUGAACGUCAUGGGCGGCCCCGUCGGCAACCCAAUGGGCACGCCGAUGAACAUGAUGAACAACGGCGCCCUCGGACCCCAGCCAGGGCCUCCCAGUCAGAUGCAACUCAACGACUCGAGCCGGACCCUCCUGAACACAUACAUCUACGAGUAUUUCAUCCGAUACAACAUGUUUGGCGCCGCUCGCGCCGUAUACGAAGCAGACCCGCAUAUCAAGGUCAUGAAGGACAGCCCAGGGAAGCAUCGCGACGAGAACGGAAACGUGCUGGGGAACGGGCUUGGCGAUGCCAUGGACACCGACGUCAAGGACGGCGUGGACCAGAAGCGCCCGGACGACCUGCCCGCGCCGAAUGUGCCGACCCCCGUCCCCGACAGCUGUUUUCUCUAUGAGUGGUUCUGCCUCUUCUGGGACAUGUUCAACUCCCAGAAGGGCAAGGGAUCCAGCGGACAGGUCAACCAAUAUGUCCAUCACACCCAGCAACAAUCUCACAUUCGGCAGCAUCAGCAACAGAAUAUGCUUCGCCAGAUGCGCCCCGAUCUGAUGCCCCAGCAACAGCAGCAUUUCCAGCAACUGAUGCGGGGGAUGCCGAACGGCGCCAUGAACAUGGGCAUGAAGCCUGGAAACCAGUUGCAGAGAGCGGCCAUGGCGAAUAACCAGAAUCCUCAAGCGAUGCAGAUGCUCCACCAGCAAAAGGCCGCCGGCCAGAUGCAGCGAGACCCUUCGGACAUGGACGGAAACCGUGCCAGACAAGGGUCUCCCGGGUCGGCCGACAACGCGCCGUCGCCCACUAAAAGACCGCGUCUCGACGGAGGCGCCCCUUUUAACCCGAACCAGGGCGGCAUGAUGCCUAACGGAAGAACCGGCCAGGGCAUGCCCGGCCAGCAGCAGGUAGGAAGUGGCCCCGACUUAGGACGAGCAUUGCUCCUUCAGAAAGGCAUCAACCCAACUUGGCUGAAUCCUGACCAGCUCCAGGCCUAUGCCUCUGCAGCUCCUCACGUACAAGCCAAGAUUGCCACGUACUCGACUAACAUGUCGCAGCACCAUGGCAGCCAGAUACCCAACAAACCCAUGCCCAACGCCGCCGGUCCGCAGGGUCAGGGCUCCCCCAUGGUGCCGCAAGGCCCUGACGGUAACUCCAUCAUCCAUCUCUACCCGGGGGAGAUGCCCGCCAAUAUGCGGCCUGGCGCGCCUAACGGACAGGCCGCCGCGGGCAGUAGCAAUCACGCCUUGCAGGACUAUCAGAUGCAGUUGAUGUUACUGGAGCAGCAGAACAAGAAGAGGCUGAUGAUGGCUCGUCAAGAGCAGGAUAUAGGCGGCUCGCCUCCUGGUGGGCGCAACGGUGCCUCGCCGAACCCCGCCGACCAGAUGAAGCGCGCGAACCAGCAGAUGGCCAACGCCGCCAAUAUGGGAUCGCCGCUCCCGGAUGGUGCAGCCCAGUCCCGCGGCUCGCCUAGCGCCAUGAACUUCAUGGGCGCCAAUAUGGACCCCAACGCCGCGCAGCACUUCGGCGGCAUGAACAUGAACAUGGCGGCCCAGAUGAACGGCGGAAUGCGACCUCCGAGCUCGCACCCCCCGUUCAAUGGUCAGGUGAGCCAGCAGCAGAUGUUAGCUGCGCAGCGCCAGGCCCAGCAACCGGGCGGCCAGGGGGGCCCGAUGCCGUGGCCGCAGGGGGUUCCCAACGGUCAGAUGCCCGGACAGCCUCCGCAGCCCCAGGUCCAGGGUGGCCCCGCCCCGAACCAGCGGUCCAUGCCCCCCCCGCCACCAGGAGCGGCCGCGGCGGCGGUUGCCGCCAAUGCCCGCAACACCACUGCGUCGCCCCAAGUAAGCAGUGCCGCGCCUCCGACUCCGCAGCAGGGGACCAAGGCAGCGCCCAAGAAGAAGGAAACCAAGAGCACCAAGGCCAAGGCUGCCCAGAAGAAGAACAACCCGAACCUCAAUAACGCCGCGGCCGCGGCCGCUCCCGAACAACCGGAAGGCCCUCAAGAAGGCCCGACACCCGCGACGCCGAUUACGCCCGUAAACCCGGCAAAUUUCGCCAAGAACCAAAACGUGAACGCCGGUCAGGUCGUCCCGAACGGACAACCUCCGGCACCGGCACCCCAGCAACAGGCGGCUGCUCUGCCCCCGCCCUCACACUCAGACCCUAACCAGACCACCAACUUUUUGGAGCCCACCGGAAUGGACUUCGACCUCGACUUUGCCAAUCCCAUGCAGACCGACAAUGUGCUGACAGAUUUCGACUUCGACUCGUUCCUGCAGGACGGUACCGGCACGGGAGAGGGCCCUUUCGACUUCAACUCGGGGUUUUCGAUGGAGCCGGACACCACAAUUGGGGCGACGGAUUAG